AUGUCAGUUCGUCCCCUGCUUGGUUCGGUCGACUGCAGUUCCCGCUAUGAGGCCACCUCUAGCAGAGGGAGUGAUGACGGUCCAACUCUUCCUCUAGAUGAAAUUGACAGACCAAUCGUGGAGAAGAGGCUUCUCCUUCUGGUUUAUAUUAUGAAUAUCAUGGACCGUUAUAAUGUAGCGCUCCUUCCAUAUGAUCUUAAACCGCAUGAAGAGGCCAUCAUUAUACCUCUCGAGCUGCAUGAUAGCAUGGGCUGCUAUUACCGGUGUUCAUGGAUAUCAUGCCGCUCUUAUUUUGCGCUUUUUAUUGGAUUCGCAGAGGCGGCAUUCUUUCCCGGAGCUGUAUUCCCUUCUUUCACGAUGAAAAAUGAAUUAGGGUUGCGCACAGCACUUCUUUUUUGCGGCAGCUCCAUCAGUAAUGCUUUUGGUGCUCUUAUUGCGUCGGGAAUUUUAGGAAGCCUAGACGGUGGCUCUUCUUUGUGGAAGGGCGCUUUGACCAUCGUGGUCGCAGUGUCUGCAAUCUGGAUUUUACCAGAUUUUCCUUCAACGCCCAGUGUCUGGCUUUCACCUGAUGAACAGACACUGGCCAAACGACGGAUGGAGGAAGAAAUUCUGGCCAUUGGACACGAAGGCAAGCCCGAAGAGAACUUCUCUGCUCUUGCCGAGGCUCUUGUGGAUUGGAGGUCAUUUUUUUCCCGACCCUAUCCUGCUACAAUGGGUUACAGCGCGACUACUAGCCUUCUGCUCUGCGCACCUCCGUGGAUUCUGGGAACUGCAACCUCAUUUGUUGUGGCCAGGCACUCCGAUGUAACUGGUGAUCGCUUCUGGCAUAUUGUCUGUCCUCUACUUCUCGGUAUCGCUGGGUUUACUGAUGGCAAUUUCUACAAUGAAUACAGCCGUGCGAUAUCUAUCUUUUUCUCUGAUUCCACGAGCUUACGUGCCCCACGCAGAUUCUUCAUGGCUCAGAGCUCAGUUGCCUAUGUUGUCUGUUUGACCUGGGCCAUGAAUACGUUUUCCCAAUCACAGUCGAAACGCGCAGCAGCCAUUGCACUGGUAAACACCAUGGCAGUAGCUGGCUUCAUUAGUUCAUCAUACUUUUGGCCGUCCAGUUGGGGACCUUCAUACGUGAAUUCGUAUCUCAUUUGCAUCUUGGCAAACGUCCUGUGCAUUGCGAUGUGCUGGGUAUUUAAGGGAGCACCUUUCCCGUUGUUUGAGAAACUAAUGUCAGUGGCACAUGAAUUGGAGGAUGGAACGAUUAAUGCAGAUGAAGCUGUUGGAUGGACCGAUGAAGCCCGUAGAUACACCAAGGAAGAAAUUCACGAUGCCUAUCCUAGCACUCGCCGACUAUUCGUCAUCGUCACAGCCGUUACGAACGAGCAGGAAAGAAGGAUGGCAGGGAAAUGGACAGAGACAACAGAGCCCUUCGCGUUGUCUCUUUUCAGGCGCAAGGUCAUAGGAAGGAACGACGACGAGUGGGAGUGGGCCAAGUUGCAAAGUUCCCCGCUGGAAAAAUACCAGUUUGGAUAA